AUGAGGGGUAGAAGAUCUCGUCAAGAUGGAAUCAAAUCUUCAUUAAGAAAUUCAUCAUCUUUAUCAAGAUAUAAAGGAAAAAAUGGGAAUGUUUUUACAAGAAAAACAAAAAAUAGUCAAAAACAUGAAUCAAAUCUAAGUGAUGAUGAUUCUCAGGGUAACUUUUCUGUUGAAAUGAUUUUAGCUUAUAAUCCUGAAAGUAAAUUGUAUCUGGUAAAAUGGGAGACUUUUUGUUGGUCAGCUGUGACAUGGGAACCUUAUGAAAAUAUUAAAGAUUGUAAAGAUUUUAUUGAAUAUAACAAAGAUAGAGAUAAAUUAUUAUCAAAGUUAAAAAAUACUCCAUAUUUUUGUAAAUUAAAACCAUUUUUAUAUCCAAAAACUGAUGAACAAUACAUUAAUAUUUUUGGCGCUUUUAGUGUAGAACUAGCCAUAAGAAAUUGUGAUGAAGAUUUACCUCCUAUUUAUGUUGUUAAUUGGGUUGACUAUCAAAUUCCUCCUGAAUUUUCCUAUGUAUCAAAUAUUAUUAUUAAACCAAAAUUUGCUGAAGAUAUAAAUAUUAUUGAUCAAGUUGAACCUUGUUCAAAUUGUAAAGCUGAAAAGGAAACAGAUUAUUGUGAAAAAUAUAAAGAACAUUUUUUGAAAAAUCAUAUUAAUUUUAAUGUAAAAGAAGUUAGAAUGUCAUGUAGUGAUUUAUGUAAAUGUUUAAAAAAUCCUUGUCCUACGAGAGUUGCUGAUACCGGAAGGACCAAAAGACUUAUUAUAGCAAAGACAAUAGAUAAAGGUUGGGGUUUGUUUGCUGGUGAUAAUAUCAAAGCAGGAGAAUUUAUUUGUGAAUAUGCUGGUGAAUUAAUUUCAAGAUGUCAGGCAGUUCAAAGAAAAAAUGACUAUAUAUUUGAUAUGGAUUACAUGUGUGGUCAUGAAAGUGAUCAUUUUGGAAAUGCAAAAUUUGCCAUAGAUGCUUAUAAAUAUGGUAAUGAGGGACGGUUUGCUAAUCAUUCUUGUAAUCCAAAUGCACGGGCUAUAAGUAUUUAUUCUCAAUUUAAAUGUGAGGAUUAUCAUAAAAUUGGUUUCUUUGCUAAGCAAAGUAUUCAAUUUGGUGACGAAAUUACUAUUGACUAUUUUGGUGCAGAGGUUGAAAGUAAUACAGAUAGAUUUUCCAUGGUCCCUUGUAAUUGUGGGGCUGCAAAUUGUAGAAAAUAUAUUCCUAUAAUGGAUAGUUUAACAAAAAAAAAGAUAAAUGGUGUACGAGGUGAUACUCCUGAAGUUGAUCAACAAGGACUUAAUAAACUUGGUUUGGUUGAACUUAAUGAAAUGUUUAUACCUGAGAAAUUUUAUAAAGUACAAAGAUUUAGCAGAUUAAAAAAAAGUGAAAACACACCAACAAAAGAUAAAUCAAACACUGCGACAAAUGUAGGUGAUAAAAUCAUAGAAAAAAAUUCAUCACAUUGUCCGGAUAGUUUAAAAAAAUUAAUUCUUAAGUGA